GUUAUGCGGCACCCACAGCACCACUUGUCAUGGGCUGAUGAGGAAGGCACAGCAGUGGGCUUAGUGAAAAAUGCAAAGCUGAGGAAGCCCUCAGUGACCUCAGACUUCAGCGUGAAACAGAAGUGGGAGAUCUACAGUGACAGUAAAGAAACUCAGAAAGAAGUUGAUUUUCAAAUGAAAAUUCUCGUCGUAGAUGGAGAGCUAACAGCCCUGCAGCACUGGGAUACGGCUGGCCAGGAGAGGCAAGUGCUUUCCAUAAUACUUUGA